AGAAGUCCUGUUGGCCUCGCACCUCAAAGCUCUCGCCACGAUCUCCAGCCACACAUCAAGCCUCGAGCACCCCAUCACCCCAGCGAUGGUCCAUUACCGCCGGUGACACUGUAGACGCGACGAAACACGUAUUCAGCAACCGGAGGCCGGGCUUUCCGCCUGAGACCUUGUUUCGAACUCGGCUUGACUCAUCCCAGAGCGCCAUGGCUUCGGAACGGGGCCCCACCGCAACGGAAGCUCCGCGCGGCCCGUCAACUUCGACCCUCGCUCAGACUACACCGGCUGCAUUCGGGCCAGUGACUGACUUGACCCGGCAAAAGUCUCUUAAGCGUACGCGCGAGACGACACCGACCUCGCAGGACUCGCUAGUCUCUGCCGGCGACAUAUCGCCGUCCAAGAUCGCCCGUCUCGUCGGCUUCGCGAGGCAGUCGCACUCCUCGUCCACUGGCGAGGCUGACGAGGACGAGACAAGCGUCCGGGAUGAGGAGGAAGAGCAGCAGCCACAGCUGGCCCAGCUAGAACACAGCGAGGGACAAGUGUCAACGCCGAAGGCGCUUGACGAUUUGAUGUCUGGCGUUGCCGGAGACUUGAGUGGACCGCAGGACGCGCCGUCAGACACGGGACAGACCGAGGUUGAGGCUGCCGCCGCUGCCGCCGCCAGAGCACUCAAUUCGGUCAACAUUCCGACGACCAAUCCUGCUGCCGACGACCUUCACGAUGUCAGUCCGCAGAGCGGCACGAGUGGGGCGAGCUUGGAAGAUGGGGACGACCAUGUGGUUGACAGUCCCACGGCUAUGGAUGUCGACACUCACAGUGAUGAACCCCCGUAUGGGCAACAACCCGAGGCGCAGAUGGAAGACAAGACAGGGGCUUCGCUUUCGUACCCAGGUGCCAUGCCGGCACCCGGGCCUUCGCAGAGAAUGAUGAGCAUGCCCCUAUCGACUCCACAAACUCCCAGCCUCGAGGUUCCGCCCCGUUCGCCCGGCUCUACUAACAACAAAAAACACAAAUGUCCCUACUGCGAGACAGAAUUCACACGGCACCAUAACCUGAAAAGUCACCUGCUCACCCAUAGCCAGGAGAAACCCUUCGUGUGCCAAUCAUGUCAGAUGCGGUUUCGCAGGCUUCAUGAUCUAAAACGCCACAGUAAACUCCAUACGGGCGAGAAGCCGCACGUCUGCCCGAACUGCGACAGAAAGUUCGCGCGGGGCGACGCUUUGGCGAGACACAGCAAAGGAGCCGGGGGUUGCGCAGGCAGGAGACAGACCAUGGGUUCUUUUUCUCUCAAGGAUGGUUAUGACGGGUCCAACGGCGGAGAAGCGGACAAUUCGGCCAUGUCGGGAGAGCUGUACGAGGGCGGAGCGGACAUAGCGGACGAAGAGCGGCGGCGCUUGAGCAUGCCCAGCAUAAGAACACAGCAUGUUUCCGGACAAGCAGGGCCAGAAGGCUAUGCCGCCGGCCAUUCAGCCACCUACCCGCCAGCGAGCCAACGACCGGGCGCCGCUGGUGGCCUCUAUCCACCCAACGUUGACCGGGGGCCGUCAGGCUCGAAUACAUCUCACAACGUCCCUAACAACCACCCGCCACACGCCAGUGUAUCGUCGAUGCCGCUGAGCACAGGCACCUCGUCCAUGUACUCUCAGUCUAACAUGACGGAGAGCCCGAAACUGCUGGCCCCGGCCGGCCAGCAACGCACGGCAAACGAGCAACAGCAUGGCAACGCAGCAACCCGUGGCCGCGGCCGUCGGUCAAGCGGAGCGGCUCCCCAGCAGGCGGCUGAGACCCUUGGCUGGGAUCCGAGCACCUGGGCCUACUUCCAGCAUCUGGAGGGAGCCGUCAAGAGGCUCACGGGCCAGCUGGAAUCGGAAGCCAGAAGCAAGGCGCAGCUACUCGAAAGACUCGAUGCGCACGACCAGCACAUCGCUGCGCUGACGGCUGAGGUUGCGUCAUUGCGGCAGCAGCUCGUCGGGUCGCAAGAGCAAGGUUCUCCAGUCGAUGCAGACGCCGCUCAACAGUAGGGCUGGUGGGCGCGUCUUCGCGAACUUGAGGCACGACAAAUCGCCUAGGCGGCGCGCGUACAAGACAUUUCUCGGCCCGGCAAACAUAGAGUGAUGCUGGCUAUCCGGUUUUGCAACUGUAAGCGGU